GGAAAAUGCAAAUAUACAUAUAUAUAUAUCUGAAUUUUUCCAACCCGUCGCUAGACUCAAAACCGAGCCCAGAAAACGCUUCCCAGACCUUCCCCUUCGUGAGAGGAAUCCAACGGAGGAAGAAUCAUUGAAAACGAUCGUGAAACGAGGGAGAAAACGCUCGCCGGAGUUUUCGCCGGAAAACUUUCCCGACAGAAAACGGAAGAGCAGGAGCCGCCGUCGCCGCCGCCAACCCUUCACCGACCUUCGCCGUCCCGAGAGGAGUGCACCGCUACCCCGUUGGCCGUUUCCGACGAGGGAGCACAGGUGUACCCUCUUCGUCGACGGUGAUGGAGACGGCGGAAAAUCCAGCGGCCCCUCCUGUACAAUAAAUUCUGGCGGUGACGCAGAACGGAGUGGCUCAGUCCUCCUCUCCGGCGUGCAAAACAGUACGGCAACGACUCCGGCUUCCCUCUUCAGCGGUGUACACUAUCUAGCGACACAGUCCGGUGAUUCCCUGAUGGUACGGUGUAGUCUGCUGGCAGCACCCUUCCCCAGAGUGGCGGUGUGCUUCUCCUUAGCGGAAUCGCAGACUAACUCCGGCGAAGUCAUGAAGGUCUCCUCCCUCCGGCAUGAGCGCAGUCCGGCGAGCAUAUGGCUAUGGUUCUCCGGCGUUCAUACCUGUUCUGCGGCUAGCUGAUGUAGUUGGUGGCGGCGAUCCGAUAUGGUGGGUGGCGGCGAUGACUUCGGCUGGCCUUUCCUCUUCCUUUCUUUCCCUCUCUCACGCUCCGUUUUUGUUCCUCUCGUUUCUUGCAGGUUGUUGCUCCCA